AUGCAGACACUCGUCGAAGGUCAGACACUGCUCCAUAAUGGUCGCUAUCGUUUCCUACGACGCAUUGGCAGUGGCACCUUUGCCGUUAUCAUGCGAGCUCUGGACAUGCAGCAACAGCGCCAUGUCGCCAUUAAGUGCGUUCGUCAACACGAACUUAACGCGUUAGGCGAACGAGAAGCUGCGACACUGCGACAAAUUAAUGAGCAAGAUAUGGACGAAGCUUGUGCUGUGGUGCGACUACUAGAGACAUUUGAAGAACAAGGUCACUUUUGUCUUGUACUGGAGUUACUAGGACCUCCUGUACUUGAUGUUGAACGAUGGGGUCCAUGGCGUCAAGCGCCGCCUGGUGAAGCUCUUGUUAUAAAGCGAACGCUGCAGCUUUUUAAACGCAAACGGAGACGCUCUUUGGUGCCUGAUGCAAGUACUGAGUCACUUGAUGGACAGCGGGACCAAGAGAGAGACACUAUGGGGAAGGAUCUGACUGUGGUGACGCCACCGCUGUCCUUGAUUGAUGUGCGGCAGAUGGCAGUGCAUCUCUGUGGUGCACUCGCUUUUCUUCACGACCAAGGACUCAUUCACGCAGAUGUGAAGCCAGAAAAUGUCGUGCGUUCAGGUGCAGAAGCCCCAGUGGGGUCAGCACCGUUUCCUUCGCCAUGCUCUUCACCAGUGAAGUUAGUCGACUUUGGAAACUGCUUGGAUGCGAGUGAGCUAGUGGCGUAUGCUAACGAGCACGCGCGUGAUGGCUAUGACGUGCAAACUGUUACAUAUCGCGCUCCAGAAGUAGCUGCAGGUCUUUUGCUGUGCUCCGCCAUGGAUAUGUGGUCGCUGGGCUGUCUGCUGCUGGAGUGCGUGUCUGGUAGACCAUUAUUCAAACUGCCUCCAUUGGAGGUCCCAGUACAAGAGCGUACUGAUGUCAUACACUUGGAGAACGACGAUCUCUUGAAGCAGAUCGAGUGCGUGGUGAUGAACGGGGUAUCGUUGGAUACAGCGUGUGCCCCGUAUCAGUCUGCUGCACGCUACAAAGAAAGAUCUGUAGAUGACAGCAAGGGUGCUGGCAUUCACAAAGAGCCCGAGCUGUUGACGCCAUUACAGGUACGUCUAGAAGCUGCGGCGCCGGGAAAUCGCCAAUUUCAUGAUUUUAUCUACAAGCUAUUGGAUGUGAACCCCGCCACGAGAAUUACGGCAAAGCGGGCACUUUUCCACCCCUUCCUGCAGGCCUUCUUUCCGUUUGGAACUGUGUUUGCUCAGUCGAAUGCUUGCCAACGUAAUAGAGAGCGUGAGAUUACUGUUGGCAUCGUUCCCUCGGCCAGAAAGCGUAAGGCGCAGCAAUCCUUACCACGUGGGGAAGCGACCCAAGAGCGUUUCGACCGAGUGCGAAAAAAACUGUCAGCUGAGAGAGCAGCUUCGGCUCGCACCAAGGACUUGCGUCAAGUGCUAAAAAUAAUACCGCGUGACAUGUCGGGCCGUUUUCCGCUUUCGCCACGCUGA